AUGACUGGCCCACCCGGAAGUGUUCCAGACGAGUACAAACACAGCAAACUGGAAAGCCAGCUGGCCCGCAUUGACCAGCAGACCAAGAAUAAACGCAAGAUGCAGAUCAUCAUGCAGCCCAAUGACAACAACAGGCCAAACUCUGCCCCACGACGCAAGAAACCAGAUGAAAGCCGACCACUAGUCAAAGGGGACACUGCUUUGAAAACAAAAACGUCCGACUGUACUUAUGCUUAUAACGGACCAGCUGCUCACCUAGAGACAGGGUCUGCAGAGCCACGCAGAGACAGUAAUACUUUGGUGAUGGUUCGUGAUGUGACAGAAGAUGAGUCAAAAGACAUGAGUGAUACAGACAGUGAUGACAUUCCCACAAUCCCAACAGAUUCAGACCUGGCCCCUAAUUCAGGAAGUCAUCGGCUACGACCCAAUCUGAAAGAAACGAGCUCGUCACCACUAAUACAUGAUGAUGAUGUUGAUAUGGAGAGUCUGCCCAUGCCUGUGGCCCCAUCACAUGGAGGCUCUCGAUCUCCAUCGCUACAGAACAUGAGCCACGCACCCCCUUCCACAUUCCAGACACAGAACGAUAACUCUCAGACGUUAGAAGCUCCUCAAAGAAAGAGGAAAGGAAAGAAGAAGAAGGCAAAAUUGGUUAAGCAGGAACAGGAGGAUGCAGUUGAACCUGAGCAAGGGCAAAGCGACGGUGACUCCACUUACCCUCCAGGCUCUGGAGCACAUUCCUACAUACCAGACACUACAGAUCUGGAGGAGUUUGCUCUGAAACCUGCCCCACAGGGUAUAACUAUGAAGUGCAGAAUCACCAGAGACAAGAGAGGGGUAGAUCGUAAUAUUUAUCCCACAUACUUCCUUCAUUUAGAGCAGGAUAAUGGUAGGAAGAUAUUCUUGCUGGCAGGCAGAAAAAGAAAGAAGAGCACCACAUCAAAUUAUCUCAUCACCACCGACCCCACAGACUUAACCCGAAACGGUGAAGCCUACUGUGGGAAGUUAAGAUCCAACUUACUUGGCACACAGUUCACAUUAUUUGAUCACGGAGACAACCCUAAAAAGGCUGGAUCUCAGGGAGCAAGGCAAGAGUUAGUCGCUGUCGCUUAUGAAACUAAUGUGCUGGGCUUCAAAGGGCCAAGGAAGAUGACCAUAAUCAUACCAGGAAUGACAAGUGAUCAUCAGCGUGUCAACAUUAAGCCUCAUGGAGCUCAUGAUGGUCUCAUAGAGAGGUGGAAAAGGAAAAACAUGGAGAAUUUGCUUGAGCUCCAUAAUAAAACCCCAGUGUGGAAUGAUGACACUCAAUCCUAUGUGCUCAAUUUUCAUGGUCGAGUCACACAAGCAUCAGUGAAAAAUUUCCAGAUUGUACAUGAUAAUGAUGUUGACUACAUUGUCAUGCAGUUUGGUCGAGUGGCCGAGGAUGUCUUUACCAUGGACUACAACUACCCCAUGUGUGCUCUACAAGCCUUUGGCAUUGCACUCAGCAGCUUUGAUGGCAAGCUGGCCUGCGAAUGA